UAGUAGGAUAUGUAUUGUAUAUAGAUAGAGUUUUAGGUAGAUAGUCCUGGCACACCUACUGGACGUAAACGAAUUUAUCGUCAUAAACACCCUGAAUAAGUCCGACGAUUUAUUGCUGUCUUACUGCCGUUGAGGUGGUUCGUUAUUCUGCUCUAUCAUAGACGUGCUAUGAUUGGUGAUUUCCUAGUCCUAGCAAGAAAGGGUAGAAAAUUGUGGGUUAAAAAGCAAUAUCAGGAGGCGGUGUCCCGAUUGAAUGUAGCUUUACAUACAUAGGUACCUGAGCUUAAGUGCUUAAAUGCUCUAACAUGGGAAUUAUUAGCUUGGCUUAAAGCACAAGCCACCAGUAACUCACCAACUCACUUAACACGAAUAACUUUUACGUGGAUAAGUUAGAAAAGCGCGUUAUCGAGUCUUGGAUUAAGUAGAAAUUGGUAUUAUCAAUAUUGCAGAUCAAAAUGUCUACGUCUAACACAGCAACGGCUCCUGGAAGUGCAGAGCUUUCGGUCCUCGAAGAGAAGAACGAGGCUGGCAUACUUAGGACGCCACUUUCGGCUCCCACAUCAAGUAGCACCGUACCUGAGAAGCCGGCUCUUACUGCCGACCAGACAACCAAGUAUGACUGGCUUCUAAGCCAGGUGAAGGGAUGGACGGAAGUUCAAUCCAAAGAGAAGAGCGGCCCCUUGACUGAGGGCGAGAAGAUGUGGCUCACGAGGGAGUGUCUACUAAGAUACCUGAGAGCUACCAAGUGGCAUGAAAAGGACGCAGAGAAGCGUUUGCAAGAAACUCUGGCCUGGAGGAGAGAAUACGGAGUCGAGGAAUUAACCGCAGACCACAUCGGGCCUGAGAAUGCUACUGGAAAGCAAAUUUUGCUUGGUUACGACAAGCAUUGCCGCCCUUGUCAUUACCUAAACCCAGGGCGCCAGAAUACCGAGGUCUCGCCUCGACAAGUCCAACAUCUAGUUUUCAUGCUCGAGCGGGUCAUAGACCUCAUGCCGGCUCAGCAGGAAACCCUUAGUCUCCUCAUCAACUUCAAGUCAGGCAAGAGCCGUACAAACACUGCUCCUGGCAUCGGCCAAGGCCGCGAGGUCCUGGGCAUCCUCCAGACGCAUUAUCCCGAGCGGCUCGGACGGGCCAUGAUUAUCAACAUCCCUUGGGUUGUAAACGGCUUCUUCAAGCUUAUUACGCCGUUCAUUGAUCCGUUGACGAGGGAGAAAUUGAAGUUCAACGAGGAUAUGACGCAGUACGUCCCGAAGGAUCAACUGUGGGCGGAAUACCCAGGUGGCGAGCUGCAAUUCGAAUACACCCACGAUGUCUACUGGCCUGCGCUGCAGAGGCUUUGUGCCGAGAAGCGGGCGGAGCAGGUACAGAGGUGGGAAGCUGGGGGCAAGCAGAUCGGAGAGAAGGAGGACUACCUUAAAGGCCAUGACGCCCAAGGAGUGUCGCCGCCCCCUGGCUAUUCUACCGACACCACCCAGGGCAGUACUGCAGCUUAGAAAAUCUAGGACAUCACAAUCCUGUAAGGAACAUUGAAGGAAGUAGAGCAUAGAGAGGGCGCAUUAUAUAUGGAUAAAUUGGGUAUUAUA